CUCCCCGAUAUGGCCAGCGAAAAUAGUCUGACGCCCGAAACUCGGCCGCCGGCCGCCGACCAGGACCAAAGCUGCGGACUGUGCGGCAAAAUGGAGAAGCUGCUACUGUGCGGGCGCUGCAAAAGAUCCUUCUAUUGCAGUAAAGAACAUCAGAAGCAGGACUGGAAGAAACACAAACAGGUCUGCAAGGAGGCGGCGAGCCGCCAGGGAAGAGCGGCUGGCGAGGGCACGCGUAACGCCACGGUGAAUAACAACUACCAGCUGCCGCGGCCGCGCAUCACACCGGAUCCCGUCAACGGGCAGCAGUCGGAGAGGAGCCAAGAUUCCCCGGGGACAGCGGGCCACCUGCUAACCGGACCUGGUAUCAAUAGUCGGAGUCACAGGGGGCCACGUGGACUAAGCGGCAGCUCCCAGAUUCUGGUCCAGGACUAUAUCGUGCCCUGCAUGAACAAGCAUGGCAUCUGCGUGGUGGACAACUUCCUGGGCGAGGAGACAGGCGACUGUGUGCUGCGGGAGGUGCGGGAAUUGCACCGCAGCGGCCGUUUCACUGAUGGCCAGGUGGUCAACCAGAAAGGAGACUCCUCCAAGGAUAUUCGCGGUGACCAGAUCACCUGGAUAGAUGGCAAGGAGCCGGGCUGUAUGCAGAUCGGGAUCCUAAUGAAUAACAUGGACGAUCUGAUCCGGCAUUGCAACGGGAAACUGGGCAGCUAUAAUAUUAAUGGCAGGACGAAAGCAAUGGUUGCAUGUUACCCAGGCAAUGGAACAGGAUAUGUUCGGCAUGUUGAUAAUCCAAAUGGAGAUGGACGAUGUGUCACGUGUAUCUAUUACCUGAAUAAAAAUUGGGAUGCACAGGUGAAUGGAGGUAUUCUUCGAAUUUUUCCAGAAGGCAAAUCACAGUUUGCUGAUAUUGAACCAAAGUUUGACAGGCUCCUGUUUUUUUGGUCUGAUCGACGCAACCCACAUGAAGUACAGUCAGCUUAUGCCACAAGGUACGCCAUAACAGUCUGGUAUUUUGACGCAGAUGAGCGAACACGAGCUAAGGACAAAUAUUCAACAGAUACAUGUAUAGCAAUUGGGGGAAAAAAAAACUCUUUAACCAAAGUAGGAUUUAUCUCUGAUGUACCCAUGAAUUUGAAAUUAUAUUAGCAAUUUUUAAAGAAUGAACAAGGUCUUCAGUUUACACGAGGAAAUCUGCAGAUGCUGGAAAUUCAAACAACACACACAAAAUGCUGGUGGAACACAGCAGGCCAGGCAGCAUCUAUAAGGUGAAAAGGGAGUAAAAGUUGAAUUAAAUAAACCUUCGAAACACAAUUUAAAAGAAGUUUGACACUUCUCCUUUUCCACUGAGAUAUAAGAUUUAUCUCAUGAAUGUUGCCAAGUGAGUGGAUGAAGCAUACAAUACCUACGGUUUGUGACUGAAGACGGAAAUUCACCAACAAAAUGUCAUGCAAGAAUGGAUCCUGAAUGGCAAGGCUUUGUAUUAUUUUCAUUUAUCUCCUGGAUUUUUUUUUUGUUUUCUGUGAAAAGUGCUGUGGUUUGAGCAGCAACAAAAAUACCCAAGCUGCAAUGGAGUGACGCAGAAAUGCUAGAAAUUAUUCAAAUGUUAUUUUUCCAUUUGUCAUACUUGUCUAUUAGUCAUAGAAUCUAAUUCCUAUUUUUCAUUAAUUUGGGAAUAAUUUGAAGAAUAAAAUGUAAGCUUAUGUUAGAUAAAAUUUUAAGUUUAUGUUAAUUCUGCAGUAAUGGUAAUCAUGACGAAAAGUAUUAAUUUUUUUCUUCCUGAUUUCAAAUUCAGACACUGGUGAGAAAGUACUUCAUAAUAUAUCUUGUACUCCAAUAUAACUUCAUUUAUCACAAGUGGUAUUUACAACAAAAACAGUGUUCUUCAGUUUUGAGCAACAAAUGCAUGCCUUCCAGCUAUCCAAAUGAUCUGUUUCUCUGUUAUUUCCCUUGGCUUAUUCCAUCCCUUAACCAUUUUACCCAUGCUUUCAUAGCUUUAUCAUUUAUUUUAAUUUUGUGACUGUAAUCAUGGGUAAAGUCCCCACUUUUUGUUUGUAAUGAAUUCACAGCAGAUUAUGCACUAAGAGUAUUACCUAACAAAUUGUGAGGUGCCAUAUGUGACAGAGACUGAACAAAAUGUUAUUUUUAAACAUAAAAUUAUAAUUUGGGUGAUAAAUGGGACAAACUACUUAAAACAAUCGUUUUCCUAAAAAAAAAUUGGUUGAAAAAAACUUUUUGAAUUAUUAACCAGUUAGAAAAUCUCUACCAAGAUGUCAAAUUCUUAAUUGGUUUGGAUGCUAUAUUUUUUGUAUAUUGAUUACAUUGAAACAGUGUUUUGUUAAUCAGUAGCAAGAGCCCCUUAAUUUUCUUCAGUUAUUGUUUAAAUAACAAUGAACCAGUGAACUGAUUUUGUACAGUUUUUUUUAAUUCCGUCUAUUUUCUGAAUGGACUCAUUUUGAAUAUUUUCUGCUGACCCUGCAUCUAUGUAACUCAAUAUCAAAUGCUUUCAGCACUUACAGAUGAGUUGCCACAGUAGAGCAUUGUUGCCUUUUCCACAUGGUAAAGCACUAAACUGAUUUUUCUGACAGUAUAUUUUAAAAUUUCCUGUGACAUGAGGGCUGUAUAGCUAAAGAUUCCAUAGCAUGCACAUAAAUAACUGCUAUUUAGUAUUGUUGAACAUUAUAAUACAAAGUGUUAAUUAUGAAAUGAAUUGCCAGCUUGUAAACAUUGCAAAAAAAUUAAACCCUUUAUCAUUGAUUACUGAAACCAAGUGUUUUAUUACUUUGACUUGAUGAGUCCAAUGUGGUAUUAGGAAAAUAUGAUUAGUUAUGCUGAUGUGUUUUCAAGAGGACAGAUUUCUUCUUAUGGGGCAUAAGCCACUGAUGGUACUUUGCCCAGAGUCGUCAGUCCUGGGCUGAAAGUUAAUCAGCCCUGUUGCUUCCACUGUCACCACAUGACAUUGUACGUCUUGUAGGUGAAGAUCUUUCCUCUUCCAGAGAUGAAGUCUUUGGAACUGCUGCUGGCAUUUCUGUAGCUCUGUGUUUUUACAGAAUGGGAUUACUAACCUCCUCCUUUCACAGCUCAGUUUAGGACCUACCAUGGUGGAGUUAAGACUACAUUUGACAAAGCAAAGAUUAAUAAUAAUUCAGUACAAGAAACACAAGAGAAUUGAGACCUAUUAAUUUUGCCUGGUUACAAAUAGUUACAUCAGCUUACAAGUUGUAAAUCGGACUAAAAAGUUUUAUUAAAAAUCAGAUUGAUAUGAAUUGACUUUCUCAGAAGAGGAAUAUCUCAGAAAUAAGAUGAUUUUAUUUUUCUGAUGAAAGGUUGUUGUUAUGUUUUGUAACUUCAAAACAUACAACUAAUCAAAAGAAAAACAGGAAGCCUGAAAUAACAUGUGCACUUCAUAGUUUUACUUUUCAUGAGGCACGAGCAUAUGUUGUAGUGGUAUAAUGACGUCCACAAUUCACAUAUUUUUAACUUUAACCCAUAAUGAAUAAUGUAACAACAAAAAAUGCUUAAUCAAACAAUAUAUUUAUAAUAUUCAAAUAUUACAGUACUAUUAAACACACAGCAUUCCUCCCUACUUAGCUAUAAACUCCCAACUCAAUUAUUGCACAUUAUGGUAAUCUGUCACGUGAGUUGGGGCAUAGUAGAAGCAAAUGAGUAUAGCUACAUAUUCGCAUUUCCAGCUGGUUUGUUGUUAGCCAGAAGGAGUGAGCCAUGGAAAUGAUAUUAUUUUGUUGACCACUACUUGAGUCAUUAUUGGAAUGCUAAUUGAAAUGCUUAAAUACAUAUAGAAUGAUAAUUGUGACAUUAUUGGAAUACUAACUCGAUUGCUAAUUUAGCUUAAAUACAUUAGUUUGACUGCUACUUUCAUUACUUAGGUAAUUUGAAUGCUAGCUUUUGAUCGGUACAAGAUUGUUCGUCUUUGCUGGUUUCGUAAUAAAGGAUCGAACAUCC